CAUUGCAAUUGCAUUUGAUUUCGACAGUUCCAAAGUGCUCAACUACUCUAACCUACGUCACAUAAAACCAAAAAAACAUUGUUUUCAUCGACCUAGUUCCAAGGCUUCUACUUCCACUGCCCCCAUUAUCUACCCACAAUCUAACACAGAAGGCCAAGUUUUGCCGUUUGCAUUUCCUCUUCAAACUCUCUCUCUCCAGAUCUAGGUGCUCUGCCUUCAUUUUACAUUUGGACAAGAUGGCAACAACAACAGUUUCCAACUUGCCAAUUGCUAUGUCAAGACCCAAGAUUCCUUCAUCACAAAGGAUUGCAAAUGUAUGUCCUGCAAUUCUUGGAGGUAGAUCUAAGGUUGGUUCAUGUUAUAAACUGGCAAGUGUUUGUCAUGUUGCAUCAGCACAACCUUUCCAUCAGGGCUUGGCAAUGACAUCAGGUGCUGCAAAAUAUGGCAAAAUCCUAACAAAGGCAAUGUCCGAGUCUAGUUCAAACAAGGAAGUUGCAGGAUUGCCAAUUGAUUUGAAAGGUAAAAGGGCUUUCAUUGCUGGUGUGGCUGAUGACAAUGGAUAUGGCUGGGCAAUAGCAAAAUCUCUCGCAGCAGCAGGAGCUGAAAUUCUUGUCGGCACAUGGGUACCUGCUUUAAAUAUAUUUGAGUCCAGUUUACGACGUGGAAAAUUUGACGAGUCACGCAAAUUACAAGAUGGUUCGUUAAUGGAGAUUGCUAAAGUGUAUCCUUUGGAUGCAGUAUAUGACAAUCCUGAAGAUGUCCCGGAAGAUGUGAAAGCUAACAAACGCUAUGCUGGAGCCACAAAUUGGACUGUACAGGAAGUUGCUGAAUCUGUCAAGAAAGAUUUUGGCACUAUCGACAUACUUGUGCACUCGCUUGCUAAUGGACCAGAGGUCAGCAAACCAUUGUCUGAGACAUCUCGGAAAGGAUAUCUUGCUGCCCUGUCUGCAUCAAGUUACUCUUAUAUUUCUUUACUCAAACACUUUCUUCCAAUCAUAAACCCAGAUGGAUCUGCAAUUUCUCUUACAUACAUUGCUUCAGAAAGGAUCAUUCCUGGAUAUGGUGGUGGUAUGAGUUCUGCAAAAGCUGCUUUAGAAAGUGAUACAAGAGUGCUUGCUUUUGAAGCUGGUAGAAAGAAAAGAAUCAGAGUCAAUACUAUAUCUGCAGGUCCAUUGGGAAGCCGUGCAGCGAAAGCGAUUGGUUUCAUUGACAUGAUGAUUGACUAUUCAUUUACCAAUGCACCACUGCAGAAAGAACUACAUGCUGAGGAGGUAGGCAACACUGCUGCUUUCUUGUCAUCACCCUUGGCAUCAGCUAUUACAGGCGCUGUCAUAUAUGUUGACAAUGGUCUAAACGCUAUGGGUGUUGGAGUUGACAGUCCAAUAUUUAAAGAACUUGACAUUCCAAAAGAGCAUCAUUGAAGUGCUUAGUAUAUAAUCUCUACCCCAACUAAAGAUUUAUACGGCCUAGGAUGAUGAAAAAAAGCUAUGAGGAAUUUAGUUUUUGCAAUUUCGUAAAUUAGUAAACGGUUGUUUGAACUUUGCUACCAUUGAUUUUUAUCAAUUACCAUCCACUUUUUCACUACCCUCUACAAAAUGUAUCUUAACUAUUUGAAGAGUUAUUUUAUUUAGGCUUUGGUUGUUUUCGCGGACGGAAAUAAUAUACCAUAGACGGAAUUGAGGUUGGUUGUUUGGUAA